GUUAUUGCUUGUGAAAUUGAUCCCAGACUUGUGGGUGAACUUCAGAAACGAGUCCAAGGCACAUAACCCUGGUGUUCUAUAGGUGUCUGGCAAACAAACUUGAAAUCAAGGUUGGAGAUGUCUUGAAAACAGACCUACCAUUCUUUGAUGCGUGUGUAGCCAACUUGCCUUACCAGAUUUCUUCACCGUUUGUUUUCAAGUUAUUGCUUCAUAGACCCUUUUUCAGGUGUGCAAUACUUAUGUUUCAAAGAGAAUUUGCACUUCGUUUGGUUGCAAAGCCAGGAAGUAAGCUAUACUGCAGACUUUCUAUUAAUACUCAGUUAUUAGCUCGAGUGGACCAUCUGAUGAAGGUUGGGAAAAACAACUUCAAACCUCCUCCUAAAGUUGAAUCCAGUGUUGUCAGAAUAGAGCCAAAGAACCCACCACCACCCAUCAACUUCCAGGAAUGGGAUGGUCUGGUAAGGAUUGCCUUCGUUAGGAAAAACAAGACACUUUCUGCAGCCUUCAAGUCAAGUGCUGUAGAGCAGUUGCUGGAUCACAACUACCGAAUUCAUUGUUCCUUACAUAAUGCAGAAAUACCUGAAAACUUCAAAAUUUCAGAGAAAAUACAGACAGUCCUAAAAGAUACAGGUUACUCUGAAAAACGAGCCCGUUCCAUGGAUAUAGAUGAUUUCAUUCGACUCUUGCAUGGCUUCAACUCGGAAGGCAUCCAUUUCUCAUAGACUUUACCAGAAGAGCGAAAGAACUUCUGUAUUUACUUAUCUGUAUUUACCUUAUCUAAUCCCAAGUGACUGAAAAGGGAGAAGCUCUUUUCACAAAUGCAGCAGAAUACAGCAUCCACAUUUUGGUUCCUACUAAGAAGAAUUUGUGCUAUUUUAUCAUGAACAACAGAAGAGAAGAUACUACUUCAUAUUUUAAAAGCAUUCAGUUCUUUUGUGGCUGAAGUGCUGGACUUUCACACAAAACUGUAUUUUUCAGUAUACUCUUUGACAUGGGGAUUGAUGCUGCCAUAACUGAAAUCUGUAUUCUUCAGUCAUGAACUUCAUCUCAGUAUCUUCCUACAAUAGGAUAUAAUCUGAUCUGGCAACAAAAAUGGGAUUGUAGUAAUUCCAGUUAAAUGCUUGAUUUGAAAUGACCACGUCUUUCAUUUGUCCUCCAGGAGCCAAUGGCAUUCCAAGUCUGUUAGCAACUUAAUACUGCUAAGGAAAUCCCAGUUAUUGCUUUUCAGAAACAAGAGCAUUUGUCUUACGGGCUUUGUAUGAGUGUCCUGAGUGAAGUUGCUUAAUGUUUUGAUGACAUGUUUGUUGUUAAAGACAAGGCAUAGCUUUUUUGAAGAAGCUAGCAUUAACUCUACACAGCAGCCAUAAUCCACUCUGAUCUGUCUUAAGGUUCAGGAAAAUGGUAACUAUAGCACUGUGGCAUCAUGCUGAGCUGAGAGCAUAACUAACUAUAUUAACUAGCAUCAGUCAUUUGUUUUGUGUGUGGUAUCUCAUCUUCUUUAAGACCACAGUAAAUGGCGAAGAAAGAUAACCAAAAAGUACUCCAGAAUUCACCUUCAUUUUACAGAGUUCUAAAAAUCAGUGAUUCAGGAACAUGCAUAUUCAGGAAGGAGUGUUUCAGAAAACUGAAUUACUUGUUUUCUAACUUGUAGAACCUGUUUAUGAAUUACGGUUAUGGAGUAACAGCAAUAUAUGCAGGCAACACAGGAGCAAAUGUUUCUCUGGUGCAUCCUUAUAAAUGUUGCUUUAUAGCACAGGAAACAGAAUAUGAUUGUCCUUGUCAAGUAGUGCCCGCCCAUCAUAGUAAUUGACCACAUCAUUCACUGCUGUGACACAUUAGUUGCUUGUACUUGUUCGUACUGCUUCAGCUUUGGUGUAGAUCAAGUAAGUACAGCAGGGUCUGUCACACAGUCAGUUUCUUAAGGGGCUGCAAUUUCAGCUUGUACAGGCCAUGUCACUUGCAAGGAUUAGUGAAAGUGGGUGGAAUUUAAUUGCCUCUUUUCUGCGUGUCCUCUUUGGUACCCACUAUGAUCUACAGCCUGGCUGCAUCUCUAGGUUUGUGCAAAGGAAUAGUAUGGAAGCAACUGUUUCUCAUGCAGGAUGUCCCAGAAUGGGGUGCAGUGUUAGUGGACCUGGUGCUCAGCAACUCAAAGGAGAUGAUUAAGAGAGUUACGUUUGGAGACAGACUGGGCUGUAGCAACUAUGGCCUGGCAUAGUUUGUGAUCUUGAGGAAUAUGGGCCUGGCAAAGAACAGAGUCAGGACCUUGAACUUCAGGAGAGUGAACUUACAGCUUUUUAAGGAGUUAGUGGAUGAGAUCCCCUGGGAAACUCCUCUUAGGGGUAAAGGAAUGGAGCAGAGCUGGCAGCUGUUUAAGGACAGCUUUCUGAAAGUGUGGGAGCAUUCUGUUCCCUGGGAUUAAAGUCAAGCAGAGGAGGAAGAAACGAUUAUCAACUGCUUGGACUUCUGUAAGAGAUUUGACUGACUCAGUUCCACAUCACUGCAUACAGGCCUGGGGCCCCAAACACAAAAAGGAUGUAGAGCAGCUGGAGUGUGUCCAGAGGAGGGCCACAAAGUUCAGACGGCUGCAGCACCCCUCUUAUGAAGACAGGCUAGGGAAGCUAGGCUUGCUCAGCCUGUAGGAAAGAAGGCUGGGGGGAGACAUAAUCACAGCCUUCCUGUACUUGAGAGGAGCUUAUGAACAGAAGAGACUUUAUGCAGGCAGAUGGUGAUAGUUAAGGUUGAAUGGAUUUAAACAACAACAACAGACUUAAGCUAGAUGUUAGGAAGAAAUUCUUUACUCAGAAGGCAGUGAGGCAUUGGAAAGGCUGCCCAGAGCUGUGGAUGCCCCAUCCUUGGAGGCAUUGCAGGCCAUGCUAGAUGAGGUCCCGAGCAACCUGAUCAGAUGGGUGGUGUCUGCUCACAGGGAGCAGGGAUGGAACUGGGUGAUCCUUGAGGUCCCUUCCAACCCAAGUCAUUCUGUGAUUCCAUAUCCCAAUAUUCAGAUGUUAUGUUAGAAAUUAAAUUAGCUAAAGAAACUCAAGUGUGUUACUCACUGGUGUUACAAAAUAAUCUAAGGGUGUCUUUUUGGGUUGCCGGGUCCACAUUGAGCAAACAGGAAUUGCCUUGGGCCACAUAUAUUUUAUAUGUACUUGUACAUCAACAACAAAGUAUUUUAAAAUAUUUAUCAGAACAUAAAGUGAACAAUAGCAACAUAAAACAGUGAGGUAUAUGACCUGGUAUUUGUGAAACUAAUGUGUCACCCUACUUCACUGGCAAUGGCUGCAAUUCUUAGUGAGCUCUCAAGGCAUUUGUCAGAGUUCUGUGAUGAAAUUUUAUUCUUCCUA